AUGGAGAAGAUCACAGACAAGAUCGCGGCUCUGCCGCCGGACUCCAACUACUUCUCGCUGGAGUUUUUCCCGCCGAAGACUCAGAUGGGUUUUGCCAAUCUCCAAGCCCGUCUGGAGCGUAUGGCCCAGGCGUUGCGACCACUCUUUGUGACGGUGACCUGGGGCGCCGGAGGAAGCACCGCCGCAAGAUCCCUCGAGCUGGCCGAGAUCUGCCAGCGUCAACUGCAAUUGACAACAUGCUUGCAUCUGACGUGCACGAACAUGAGUCGCGGCUUGGUGGACAAGGCGUUGGAGGAAGCCAAGGUGUUGGGAAUCCGAAAUAUCCUGGCCCUUCGUGGAGACCCGCCGCGCAGUGAGGAGUACAACAUGCACGGCGAAGAUGAUAGCAACAAGGACUUUACGUUCGCCGUGGAUCUGGUGCGGUACAUUCGUCAACAGCACGGGGACUACUUCUGCAUUGGUGUGGCCGCCUACCCGGAGGGCCAUCCCGCCGAUUCUUUCCAGGACGUCCAGGAUCCCGAGAGAGACCUCCCGUAUCUGGUCGAGAAGACCCAGGCUGGCGCCGACUUUAUAAUGACUCAACUGACUUACGACAUUGAUGCUUAUACCAAGUUCGAGAACAUGUUACGAAACCACGAAUCGGGGGCGUUCAAGACCAUCCCCAUCAUUCCUGGCUUGAUGCCCAUCCACAGCUACAAGAUCUUGACGAGAGUCACCAAGCUCAGUCAUGUCAAGAUCCCACCCCAGAUCCUUUCCAGGUUGGAGGAAGUGCGACACGAUGAUGAUGCUGUGAAGCGCAUCGGUGUCGACAUCCUCAAAGACCUAGUUGACGGAAUGCGCGACAUCCCUUGUCCUGGACUGCGCGGGUUCCACUUCUACACUCUGAACCUCGAGAAAACAGUGUCCUUCAUCCUUGAGCGGUGCGAUCUCAUCCCUCCCUACACGGAGGCGGGCGACGAAGAUGCGCUCGUGGAUGGCGGCAGCCUCUCAGCCCUCGACUCUUCGUCCUAUGUCGCUCCCAAUGGCAUCCCCAUCCGCACGCUGGCGAGAAGACGCUCGUCCAUCAACUCCCUCCCGCACAAUCGAGUCAUUGUCGACAGAGAAGUGUCCAACGAAUCUUCCAAGGACUCCGUCUCACACGAAGCCCCCGCGACCAGCGCUGGUGUGCCCGCCAUGCCCCCAGACCGCACCACCACCCUCCAAAUUUCCGAAGGUCUUGGAGCGCUCGGCCGUGAGGCUACCUGGGAUGACUUCCCCAACGGACGUUGGGGUGAUGCUCGCUCUCCCGCCUUCGGUGAAAUCGACGGCUACGGCCCGUCCCUACACGUCACGCCGUCCGUCGCCCAUCGCAUCUGGGGCUAUCCCGUCACGCGUGACGACAUCAACACGCUAUUCCGCCGCCACGUCUCGGGCGAGCUGCACAUGGUCCCGUGGUCGGAGGGUGGCGCCGAAGAAGGAAGCGGCGGCUUGAACCCGGAGACCGAGACCAUUCGACCGGAGCUACUACAGCUCAUCGAUGGCAAGGGAUGGUGGACGCUGGCGUCGCAACCGGCCGUGAACGGCGUCCGCAGCGACGACCCAAUUUUUGGCUGGGGUCCCCCGCGCGAAGGCUUCGUCUUCCAGAAGCCGUUCGUCGAGUUUUUCUGUCCCACCAAAGACUACCAAACGGCCCUUAAGCCGAUGCUCCAAAAACACGGCCACGAGAAGCUUGCAUGGUUCGCUACAAAUGCCAACGGUGACUUCGAGUCGUCGCUGCCCGCCCAGACGUCCGACGCUGACCCCAUCGAAAUGAACCCCAACAAUGUCAACGCUGUGACCUGGGGUGUCUUCCGCGGCAAGGAGAUCGUCACCCCCACCAUUAUUGAAGAGGUCAGUUUCCGCGCCUGGGGCGACGAGGCCUACCGCAUCUGGGACGAGUGGCGCCGUAUCUACCCCCGCGGCUCGCCGACGGAGCGCUUCCUCGAGGAGACCAAGAACGACGUCUGGUUGGUGUGUGUGGUCGGCCAGGAUUUUGGCGCCGGCACGGAGAUGGGGUCCAAGGAAGAGGAGGAUGAGAAGAAGUUCAUGUGGAGGGAGCUGGUCAACUGCUAA